GCCCCGGCCACAGAAAGCUGCGCUGCUCGGCAGCCGCAAAGCAGGAUCAGCGACCGGCUCACCCCGAGCACAGCAGAUCCCUUCAGCAGCCCCCGAAAGGCGCAGUCGCCGUUUGCUGCAGUCUACGCCAAAGGAGGUAUACCUUGCAGGUAGAGUGAGUGUAAAGUGUCGACUUCCGUAUUUGUAGUGCGCUGAUAAUAAAGGCUUCAAGAGGGGACAGUAAAGGUGUUUUAUAGAACCGUUUAUCAGUUUUUUAUUACAGUUCUUCUCGAUUAUUUCCUAACACUCUCAAGGUUAUAAGAGCAUUUCUCAAAACAGUUCAUGCAAAUAGUACAACACUAAGGUUUCGUUGAAAACGCCUGGCACUGUAGAAACUGGAAGAAAAAGUCGGACAAUUUCUCAUAAGCGAGGACGCACUUCAGUCUCAUUCAUUAACCAACAACUGACGUAACUUUUUAAGAUGUCCCCCUACCCCACCGAAACACCCGGCACUUAAAGAGACCGCACUCACCCAGCACACAUUAUCUGCUGCGUCCCUGUAUGACGCCUGAAGUACGAUAAAAUGACCCACCCCGAACUCUAACUAUGGUGAAUAAUGCUCGUAAUAUACUUAACCUUAAACUGUCAUGGAGAGUGUUAUUAAUGUCCGCUACAACCCAAAACGAUUAACUAAUGUUUCAAAGGCAAAUAAUUCCACCGAUGAAUUUAAUCAGUGCCACCACAAUGAAAAGUACAAUCUGCAUCGUUCUAACCCUGAGACUCAAAAAGCUUGGACAUAUGGUCGGUAUGUCAGUGUAAGAAAGCUACCGAGCUCCACAAUGCUGAAUGAUAGUCGGUUCCCACUUUCUCAUUGUUAAUGACUGGUCAUUUUACUUAUUCAUAUGAACGACACCAGUUUCAACAUUGCGGUAUGUCAAAUUCACUGGCAAGAGAAAGCAAUCACAUGCUCAUGUUACUACUGCAGAUAUUAAGACACAGUACAACAGCAAACCAAAAAAUUGCACAGCACUGUAUAACACAAAAACAGCAAAAUACAAGAACAACAAAAUCAUCUACUGUAGGAACCAAAAUACAAGGCGUAUCGCUGCAAUUGAUAGAAUAUAUUUUAAAAUCGUUUUGAAAGUUUGGUUAACUAUUUUGCAUGUGGUGGCUAACAUAAUGGUCACAUUCAUGUUGUUUUGGUUGUAAAAUAAUCACAUUUGGAAACGACAUAAUCUAUUUUAACUAACUAGACUAAAGCAAAUGAAAAUUGUGCCAAGUGAUGACAAUUGAACAAAACUAUUUGCAUGUAUUACUAAAAAAUUGUAAAUUUGUGUGAAGCAAUGAGAAAUGACGUUCUGUUGUGCAGAAGUGACAUUAUGGUGUGGGGAUUACACUUGCAAAUGUUAACUGUCAUUUGAGAAAUGCUCCAAAGCAAUCGAGAAAAAGUGUAAAAAAACAUGAUCUACAAUCCCUAUUUGCUGCAAUUGCAAAACUGUGUGUGUGUGUGUGUGUGUGUGUGUGUGUGUGUGUGUGUGUGUGUGUGUGUGUGUGUGUGUGUGUGUGUGUGUGUGUGAUUAUAUAUAUAUAAUCCUUCACUGGACUUGUCAUGACCUGCUCGUCGGCUCCUCCUGUGUGCCACGCCCCCCUGAUUACCCACGUGUUCUUCCCCGAUUGUAUACAGCUGUGUCUAGUUACUUUGAUCAGUCCUGUGUAUUUCAGUCUGUGUCUUACCUGAGUCCUUUGUCUGUCAUUGAUGUUAGUUGACGUGUGAUGUUUCCUGAUCCCCAGUUUCCGAUUAAACCCCUUCUUUUGCCUCGUAUUCUGCCUGCCUGCUUGCGGCUUGCUCGCUUGCCCGAGCGAUCGCCCGCUUAUUUUACAGCGGUCGUGACAGGACUGAAGACGGUACAUGAAAGGAAACAGCACGUUAGCGAUAGUUCAGAUCAAGCAACGUUAUGCAAGACGUGUAACAAUAUUGGUCCAUGGAUCCGUUAAACACAAGUUACACUGGGAAACUCCUCCAGAAUCCAUUGCCUUUGACCCACUGCUUGUGAUCCUUGCUGAGGGUUUGAGAGAAACCAAAUACCCUUACACAUUUGUGUCCAGAGAGGGUUUCAGAGAGUUACUCCUGGUAGAGGGCGCCAGUGAGAAAAUCAGGCCACUCCUUCCGAAGGUGGUUCCUGCCCUUAGAGCAGCUCUGGCCCAUGCAGACACCGAAGUCUUUGAGAGAGGGCUAGAUGGUCUCGUACAGCUCAGUGGCACAGCCCGACGUGAGCUCAAUGGCCACCUCAAGCAUGUGCUUACCUGUAUCUCAAAGAAAUACAUGCAGAAGAAAUACAGAGAGAAGGUGACCUUGGCCCUGCAGACACUGGAGAGAAAUGGAGGCAAGGAGAGCCUGCCAAUUAUAAAGUCCAAGGUACCAACAUACAGCUCAAUUUAUUCCUGAAGAUACCAGAAUACCUGAGCACCUUUGUGAAUCUUUCUGAAUACCGGGAAGUCCCAGCUACUAUACUUAUUGUCCUAAUCAGUGUCUCUCAGUUCACUGUUUUUGCUCCCUCCCAGCCCCUGCCAGAUAGUCCACAGUUUGGCUCCCAGGAGCUAGGAGGGAGCAAAAACAGACUGUUUGAAGGUCUCCAAAGACCAAGUUGAGAAAUACUGCUCUAAAUGGCCUAUUUGACAUUUUUGCAGUGAUUUUAAUUUUCCAUUCAGUUAUAUUUUUCCACCAUGUUUCACAAAUGUAAAGAUGCUGUAUACACAAUAUGCGGACUGAUGAUAUUCAUACCUGUCAGGUGUGCAUAUGUUAAACUCAAGGCCAGCGGGACACAUCUGGCACACAGCACAAUUUUUCAUGGCCUGCAAAAUGAGUCUAAGUCUGUUGGGUUCAAAGUUUGGUGCAGUUUUGUACAUCAUGGAAAAUCAAAUAGUUUUGUUUAGAUUAUUUCUUAAUAGAAAUGUAAAUUCAAACAAUUAGGAACAGCAAAGACAAUGUGUCUGAAGUCAAUGUAUCUGAAUAACAAAACACUUAUUUGCACGUUGUAAAAAAUAUCCAUCCAUCCAUUCAUUUUCCAAACUGCUUAUCCUACUGGGUCGUGGGGGGUCCGGAGCCUAUCCCGGAAGCAAUGGGCAUGAGGCAGGGAACAACCCAGGAUGGGGGGACAUGGGGAGAACAUGCAAACUCCACGCACAUGUAACCCAGGCGGAGACUCAAACCCGGGUCCUAGAGGCAUGAGGCAAUAGUACUAAUCACUGCACCACCAUGCCGCCCCUAGUCUUUUCUGCUGGCUAAAUUUUAUAUUCUUAAACAGAAACUUUCAUCAGCUAUUCCUACUGUACAUCAGUUUUGUGCAGAAUUUUAUUGCUUUAUUGAAACAUAUAAACUAAUGCAUUGACAAAAAAAUCUUCAACUUUCCUAACACAUCAUGACAAAAUUUAUUUAUUUAUAAAUCCCAAUAGAUCACUUUACCUUCUAUGAAAGAUGCUAUGCAAACCAAAGUAUGGUUUUACUUUUAUUAGGCCUAUUUUUUUAUUUAUUUGUUUUUUUCUUAUUCAUGAGAAGAUAUUCAUAUUUACGUAGUAUUUCUCCCUUAUCUGCUGUUGCAAAACCAAUGGUCACAUUUAUUGUGGUUUAUUUAUUGUACAAAAAAAAAAUUGGCAAGAAAAUUAAACGGCCAAAAUAAUCUGGGGUCCCGGGAAGGAAACACUAAAAGUAAGAAAAGGAAAAAAUAGUGAGUCAGUGGUAUUUUGCUAUAGCAGCUAGUUAGCUGUAUUAUUUUUAAUAUUUCACUACUCUUCUUAUGAAAGAUGCUAGUACCCUGUGGUAAUGCAAUGUUUUUAAACAUAUACACUGGCAAAAUUUGUCUUCUGCUGCUCUCAGUUGUGAAGUUCAUCAUUUCAGUAUGUAGUGUAAAAAUAUAUGUCAAUAUAUAUAGAAACUUGUCUUAAAGAUAUACAUUUCAAUCAAUCACAUAUUUAAUGGUCGUAUGUAUUCUGUUUAUAUUUU